UGGCUGAUGUGCCUACUCAGCAGGGCUAUGUAAUGCCCAACAGAUGUGUUUCCAGAAAACCACUGAAUCUGAAACCUGUGUGACCGUGACCAGUAGCAUUUUCAAGACAAAGCAAGCUGAGUUCGAGGGGCCAUAAACAGGACCUGCAAAAAAGUUGCCUCCUCCACGUUUGCCCGCAUUCUCACGUAUAUUGUUGUUUGUAUAAGGCCAGGCUGGAUCCCACUGUGUUUCUGGAAGGAAUGCAUUUACGUAGGUGCUGCACGUAGCCCUGCCGCUUCACACCUCUUCUACAACAGAGAGAAGUGUCACAUUUCCCUGUAACAUCUGGAUUUCAUAGCUCACGCAGGAUGUUGUCAAGGUGCAAUAAAACAACAGUGGUUUACAAUUAAUAUAUAGUCCGUGACUACCAGCCUUUUUGUGGUUUGGACAGCAGUAUGCUCUUUUUGUUGUACCGUGGCCAAGGAGGCAGUCCUAGACCAAAAGACUUCUCAGUGUCUUCUCUUCUCAUUUGAGAGGUGUGCACCUUCAUGCUCUUACGGAACUCCACAUAAACUGACAUGAUUUGGAUCACUUUGUUUUGGCUUCAUAUUUUCCCAAAUCUUCUUGCAUUACCAAAUAUAACUGUGGAUAUAAACAACACUGCACUCAAUGAAUUUGUGACGUCGUCUGAGAAUGUUGAGGAUGUGUCUCUCCGAAGCCAGAAAGAACGAAUUGUCAAGGAUGCAGGCAAAGAAAAGUGCACGGUCCCAUGUGAGAUGACUGCAAAACUCAUGCGGGAUGAGAAGCUUACUUUCUGCAGUAACCUCCAGCAUGCCAUGACAACAUAUGCAAGAGGUACAAGAAAGCUGAUCAGAGAUCUUAUAGAUGAACAGCAGAAGACUCUGGAAUUUCUUACCAGCCAGGUAAUGGAACUUAUGACCAAAGUCCACACUCUCAGCUCAGAGGUGCAGAGGAGCAACAGUGACAUAUUUUCCUUGAAGCCCCUCCAAGCUCAUGGGAGGGACUGUAGUGACAUCAAGGAGACACUAGGGGCAGUAUCUCCUAAAAUUCCAAGUGGAAUUUACAUUAUUAACCCUGACAACUCUGAGCUUUUAUUUGAGGUGUUUUGUGAGAUGGAUUAUAUGGAAGGUGGCUGGACAGUAAUACAGAGACGGACAGAUGGUUUCACUGACUUUAAACACGUGUGGUCAAACUAUCUAGAUGGAUUUGGGCACCUACCAGGAGAACACUGGCUAGGUUUGAGGAAGGUGUACAGCAUCGUCAGUCAGAGGAAUACACGCUUCGAGUUGCACAUUUCUCUUGUCUCUCAAGAUGACUCCACUGCAUAUGCCUCUUACGAUAACUUCUGGCUUGAAGAUGAAGGCAAAUUUUUCGCAAUACAUCUUGGCAGAUACGCUGGCAGUGCCGGUGAUGCCUUUAGAGGAUAUGACCAAGACCAGAAUCAAGACACGGCACCUUUCAGCACAUCUGACAUUGAUAAUGAUGGCUGCGUCCCAUUCUGCACUUUUAAUGAGACAGCUGUGGAGAGUUGCAGUGUCCAUCACAACAACACGGGCUGGUGGUUUAACCAGUGUGGCAGUGCAAACCUUAAUGGCUCCCCUUUGGAACAUGAUCGAUCUGCUCAGCCACACAUUCACUGGGACACUUGGACUAAGAAUGGAGAACCCGUCAGCAUCAAGUCAGUAACAAUGAAGAUCAGAAGACUCGAAGGCUCAAACCUUAAAUAAGCUUUUUGAGCUUUACAGUAUGGUCAAAAGUCAGACUUUCAUUUAGAAAGCACUUUUCUAGAAUUGUGAUAUUCUAUGGAAAAUAAACAUAGAGGGUUCCAAAAUG